AUGAAUCCCGUACACUUUGAUGCAGCUCAUCCCAUCAUCUUGUUCAUUGUCCAGGCCGGUAUCAUCAUCAUUAUGUGCCAUCUAAUCAAUUACCCACUCUCCAAAAUCCGACAACCACGCGUCAUUGCCGAAAUUAUUGGUGGCAUCGUCCUUGGUCCCUCAGUCAUGGGCCGCAUUCCCGGCUUCCAGGAGUCCAUUUUCCCAAAAGAAUCCAUGGUCAACCUGAAUCUAGCUGCCAAUCUCGGUCUAACCUUGUUUCUCUUCAUCAUUGGACUUGAAGUUGACCUCAGGCAUUUACUCAGUAACUGGAAACCUGCGCUCAGUGUUGGUUUAGCAAGUAUGGCCAUACCAUUUGGAAUGGGAGCUGCUAUUGCCGUCGGAUUGUACAAUGAGUUCAAGGGAGACCCGAACACUGUGGAAAUUGACUUUUCAAUCUACAUGCUGUUUAUUGGUGUCGCCAUGGCGAUUACUGCCUUCCCCGUGCUUUGCCGUAUUCUGACUGAACUGAAAUUGCUCAUGACGCCAGUUGGUAUCAUCGUUUUGUCAGCCGGUGUCGGCAACGACGUUGUUGGAUGGAUUCUACUCGCUCUCUGCGUUGCACUCGUCAAUGCCGGUUCAGGACUAACAGCCCUCUGGGUUCUGCUCACGUGUGCGGGAUACAUGCUUUUCCUCGUCUACGCUAUUCGACCAGCCUUCGUCUACGUCCUGCGUCGAUCUCGCGCGCUUCAAGAUGGGCCUAGUCAAGGAAUUAUCAGUCUUACUCUCCUCAUCGCCCUUGGAUCGGCCUUCUUCACCGGUAUCAUUGGUGUCCAUCCCAUUUUCGGAGCUUUCAUGGCUGGUUUGAUUUGCCCUCACGAAGGUGGUUUUGCUAUCAAGGUCGCCGAAAAGAUUGAAGAUUUGAUUGGUGCAUUGUUCCUGCCCCUGUACUUCACGCUCUCCGGACUGAACACAAAUAUUGGUCUCUUGAAUUCCGGUAUUGUGUGGGCUUAUGUUAUUGGAGUCGUGGCCGUCGCGUUCUUUUCCAAGUUCAUUAGCGCUACGCUUGCGGCAAGGGGUAGCAAGAUGUUGUGGCGAGAGUGUUUUGCUGUGGGCUCCUUGAUGAGUUGCAAGGGUCUCGUCGAACUCAUCGUCUUGAACAUUGGCCUUAACGCCAAGAUUCUCAGCACUCGAACCUUUACCAUCUUCGUCGUCAUGGCGCUCGUUACCACCUUUGCCUCGUCUCCAUUGGCAAUGCUGUUUUAUCCUCCAUGGUACCAGAAGAAGGUCGAAGCAUGGCGUCGGGGUGAAAUCGACUGGGACACUGGUAAGCCCAUCGAUUCUGAAGGCAGCAGCGACAUUGUGGAAUACGAGAAGAUGGCUGCGGAGAAGAUUGAAAAAUUGACCGUCUACCUCCGCCUGGACAGUAUGCCCAAUCUCCUGGCCUUUACCUCCCUGUUUGGCGGAAACGAUAUUCCAGCACCAAAGACACAUCCAUCAAAAGACACGAGCACUAGCACUAGCACCAGCCUAGGCAAGGAGAUCGGUGAGACGAGCCUAACAGAAGUGACACUACCGAACCGUCCCGUUGAAGCCUACGGUCUACGCCUUCUCAGCCUGACUGAUCGUGGCUCGUCCGUCAUGCAAGUCUCCGAAUUGGAAUCCUACACCGCUUACGAUCCGGUCGUCAACACAUUCCGCACCUUUGGACGCCUUCACAACCUCGCAGUCAGUGGUGAGGUACUCGUUGUGCCAGAAUCGUCAUUUGCCGAAACACUAGCAACACGUGCCUCGGACUCGCAAUUCCUUAUCAUGCCAUGGAGUGAGACGGGCGGUAUGUCUGAACAGGCCAUUAUCGAAGACAAGGGCACAAAGAACAAACUCGAGGCAUCCAGUUACAACGAUUUUGUACACGAGACACUGGAGAACGCAAGUAUCCCCGUUGCCGUGCUCAUCAACAAGAACUUUGGCGGCAGCAAGAACAAGGAGCACAAGCAGCAACGGCUCAGACUCAACCGUACAAUCAGCAGCGUCAGCCUGGGCAGUGCAAGGGAGAAGACUGUGACAGCCCCCAUUACUGACAAGAGCCACCACGUGUUUUUCCCCUUCUUUGGCGGCAACGACGACAAGACUGCUUUACGCUUGGUGUUGCAGCUAGCCCGGAACCCGCAAGUCACUGCUACCGUUGUUCACUUUGAUCUCUCAGACUCAACCUGGGCAGCGCUAUCUACCAACAUCACUCCUCCAUCACGCGAGCAGGACGCCGCCUUCUUCGCUUCGCUCCGCGCCUCGCUUCCCGCUGACCUAGCCAACCGCGUUGUUUUCGAGACCGUCACCUCAACUGCCCCUGUUAACGACGUUAUUGCCCGCGCGAGUAUCGAGAUUAACCAGUCGCCAAGGAAUGCUGGAGACUUGAUUGUCCUGGGUCGCAACGUAUCGCUCAACGGAGCACUAGACCGCUUAGGCAACCCGGAUGAGAUCCGAAGUAGCACUGGCGCAGCACAGACAUUGGGUGUGUUGGCUGAACGGGUAUGGGAAGGCAAGCUUGGAGCCAGCGUUUUGGUUAUCAAGGCAGGAAUGUAA